AAAUAAAGUGCCAUUUGUUAAAAAUGAAAUAAAAUGCACAAAUCAUGUUUAAGACAAGGUACACAUUCAAUGCCAUAAAAAGGCUGAAUAGUUCUCAAAUAAAACAAUGUACUACUACCAUACAAUGUCAAAACACAGAAGACGAAAAAGAAAAAGAAUUGGAGAGGAUAGCCAAAGAUGCCUCCAUAGACAACCCACCAACAGCAUGCUGCCAAUCGGGUUGUUCCAAUUGCGUGUUUAUAGUGUGGGCAGAAGCUCUAGCGAAUAAAAUGCAAAAUGCUAAUCCAGAGAUAAGUGAAAAAAUAUUGAAAAUGGUUGACGAUCCAUCUAUGAAAGCAUAUUUAGAGAUGGAACUAAGAUUGCGGGGACUGAGAAAAUGACUCAGAUGUUGAAAAUUGACAUUAAAUGUUGAAUAAGUGAUAUAAGAAAUAGAAUAUUGCAAUAAUGAUAGUUAGAUUAGUUGAUAAUUAUAAACAAAUAAUGUAUUAAUCUAAUGUUAAAAACUCUAUUUAGAAAUAUAUAUGUAAUAUAGAAUGGCAUAUUAAUUUAUUAUGA